AUGACCUUCGUCAUGGAGGUUUAUUUUUUCACUACUCGACCAGAACAGGUUAGCCGACUACGCGCUGAGAUGGAUGACAGUCUCCACAAAUUAGAUGAACCUACGACAUCCGUAGCUCCACAAACGUCGAAAUCGAAGAAACGGGUAAACAGGACAGCAAAAUGUGGUGAUGAAGUAAUAACCCGAGAAAGAAGACCACAAAGAGCGUCAGCGCUAAGAGCCAGUGAGAAGAUCAACGAGAUAAUGUCAAAGAAAAAGAGGGUCCAACGGCAGUCAGAAGAAUACGAAGUCGAGGACAUACUCUCUCACACCGUUAGAAACGGCCAAACCAUAUAUAGCAUAAGCUGGGUCGGCUAUCCAGGCUACAUCAGCGAGAUGACAGAAGAAGACCUCGUAAACUGCGGUGAAUUACUGAAGGAAUACAAACUCAAAAUGAAAGAAGGCCCCAAAAGACCAGUUAAAGUGAGCACCCAUAGCAUAAGCACCUGGAAUCGAGCAUCGUACAUGGGUGGUGGCAGAGUGAUUUCGUAG